AUGGCGUCUGCUGUGAUACCCAAUCUGUCUGCUGAUGGUUAUACCCGUUUUAACGAUGAAACUAUCAACCUCAGCAGGAAUCUCCGUUCAGACCAGGAUGGACAUGAAAUCAGCUCUGGAGCGGCAGAAAUGCACUCGACAGCUGAUGAGCAGGAUCUUCCCAACAUGAUUGGAAGCCAAUCAAGCUUAAAUCAUGAAUAUGUGACUGAUGGCGUGUCAGGGGAGAUGCGAAUUCUGUCUGAUCCAAGGGACGUUGGAAAAUCAUGGGAAACCAAUUAUCAUGAAGCAGCAAUAUUUUUAGAGGAGGGUGCCAACAAUGAAAAGUUUGACUCACAUCCUAGUGACCCUAAAGCAGUCCCUGCUUAUCUUCUGGUCCAUAACAAUUGGUACUAUGGAUUGGACCUAUUCACAUCCUCAGUUUUGUUAGCACUGGCCCUCGGGGAGGAUCCUGCAGUCGCUGCAUUUAAAUUACCUGUAGUGAUGUCCAGCAUCAUGGAAAUUGCUGCUCUGAUCACAAUAGCUGGAGAGGUGUUUUUAAAAUUAAGAUGGAUUGGUUGGCGCACAAUCCUACGUCACAAGAGGACAAUGAUCAAGUGUCUAACAUUACUAGUGAUGUUUUUUGAAGCUCUUGUGGUAUUGAUUAGAAGAUCAAGUCACUUUCGAGUUACAAGAGCUUUCCGCCCGAUUUUCCUGAUUGAUACUCGAAGCUUUGGAGCUGUGCGCAGAUUCAUUCGUCAAAUUCUACAAUCUAUGCCUCCUAUUUUGGAUAUGAUGGGCCUGCUUUUCUUCUUUGUGUCUACUUUUGCCCUGCUAGGAUAUUUUCUUUUCUCUGGAGAUCCCCACAACCCCCAUUUUUCCACCUUAACAACUAGCUUUGUCAGCAUGUUUGUCCUUCUCACUACUGCUAAUUUUCCUGAUGUAAUGAUGCCAGCAUAUGCUCGUUCAACAUGGUAUGCUCUCUUUUUUAUAUCAUAUCUGUGCAUUGUUUUAUACGUGCUUAUGAAUCUGAUGCUUGCCGUUGUCUAUGAAACCUUUACACGUGUGGAACGUGACAAAUUUCGUAAACUGCUCCUACACAAGAGACAAGCUUGUCGUUUAUCAUUCCGACUCCUAGUGUCUAAACAAAAUCCCACCCACAUCCGAUUUCGUCAAUUUGAAGGUUUGAUGCACUACUAUGCACCACAAAAGACCCCAAUAGAUGUAGUGUUGAUGUUUCACUAUCUGGACAGUAGUGGGACUGGAGAAUUAUCUCAGGAAGACUUUUUCCGUGUGUAUGAUGCUGUCAUGCUGUCAUGGGAACCUCAGUUCGCGCACAUUCCAUGGUUCCACACCGCUUGGCCUCCACUUCAAAGUGUUCUCCAGAAGAUGCAUGACUUGGUUCAUUGGAAACACUUUGAAAAAGUUGUUUAUUGUCUCAUAAUUUGUAAUGGCAUUGCCAUGGCUAUUCGAAUUGGCCAGGACUACAACAAUCUUCAAGAAGCAGCUAGAGCAUUUGCUGCGUCAUGGGACACAAUUUUCUUUUUAGCCUUGUUUGUUGUUGAAGCUCUUCUGAAAGUGCUUGGCAUGGGCCUAUCACGAUACUUUUCAUCAGGGUGGAAUGUGUAUGAUUUCACUGUUACUUUGGCUGCCCUCCUUGGAGUUCUACUAAAUUAUUUGUUUCCUACACUGACUUUCAUCGUAGUACUACGUCCAUUGAGGUUGUUACGCUUAUUCAAGAUGAAAAAGCGCUACCGAGAUGUGUUUGGCACAGUGGUGCUUUUGUCUCCCUUAAUGUCAUCAGCUGUAAUGGUUAUACUGGUAUUGUAUUAUUUCUUUGCAAUAAUUGGAAUGGAGCUGUUUGCUGGUUAUGAACUGAGAAACUGUUGCAACGGCACAGCUGUAGAAGACUUUUAUAGAUGGAGUGUGAACACAACUACUCCAGGAGGAUACUAUUACCUGAACAACUUUGAAAAUAUGGCAACAAGCUUUGUCACAUUAUUUGAGUUGAUGGUUGUUAACAACUGGUUCAUUGUCAUGAAUGCCUAUGCAGUUGUUGUUCAUCCGUCUAGUAGGGGAUAUUUCAUGCUCUUUUAUUUGAUGACCUCAGUUGUUUUAACUAUUGUAGUUGCAUCUGUGUUAGAGGCCUUUAGAUUCCGUAUUCAGUACAAGCGGCAGACUACCAAACGAGAAGAGGAGAAAAUGCUUCAUGAAGAGUUGCAUUUGAAGUGGGAGGAACUUUCAGUUCUCCUACGUGAUCAACAAUUACUGGAUUCUCUGAGACCUCAACUUGUAGUUGGGGGAAUCUCAACAUUUAUUGGAUGCCGUCCUCGUAAUAGGGAAGUUCUCAUGAACCGGAUGUAUCGAACUGAAAUUGAAGAAUGGAUGAAUGAAGCUGCAGCUGCAGAGAAAAAUGUUCAAAAUGGAAAUCAAUUUUCUCAAGAUGUUGAUGCAGAGCAUGUGAUUAUUACAGAAUCUGAUAGUGUUGUUCUAGGGGUAGACAGGGAGGACACAAUUUUAAGACGUUUAUCACAUAGAUAGGUGGAACAAUGUCGAGAAGCUUUUACUUUUAAUUGUUCAAAAAUACUAAUAUGGUUUUAAGAAUUUAAUUUGUGAUUAUUGAGCCAAUUCUUAACACUAGUCAAAUGUUUUCCUGGGCCUUUUUCUGUAUGUAGUAUAAUAUGACAGUAUUGCAAUUUUUGGAAUGAUUUUAAAAUGCAGACAAAAUCAUUGACUAUGCAACAUUUCCAUAAAAUAAGACAAGCAUGGAAGUUUUCCAUUUUAAUUUAUAUGCUUAUUAAUUUCAUGUGCAAGCUUCACAUCAUAGAAGUAGCUAAUGGGCGGAUGGUUGCUUUUCUUUCACAUCUGAACAGAAAGUAUUAUAUUGAUCCAAAUGUGUUUUAGCAUUAUAUGUAGUAAGACAGAAUGAAUUGUUAUGUAUUUAGAGCAUUUGUAUAUUUAAGCUGCUCUUGGAUGUUAAAAUCUUUUUCUGCCUAGUCAUGGUGCUAAUAAUUGUUUUAAAACGUGUGGGUAAAAUGUAGUUAUUUUCCCCUUUCUUUUAAUUUAUUUAAAAAAAGUGUGUGUGAGUAUGUUUGUGUGUGUGUAGACCAAUAGCUGGCUUUUCCAGAAACCUAUAGAUUAUGGAGUGCCCUUGUGAUAUCUAUUUGUUAUAUAGUUCAAACUGUAUCUUUUACUUUGUCAAUUUUUUUUAUGUUCCUAUGAAUGCAGUAUUUUAGUUCUAUGACACCAGAAUGGGGUUUAUGUAGCAACCCAGGAGUUUUUGUGAAUCUAAAUUAAUAACCCAAAUCAAAAUUUUGUUCAACUUUUUUUUUAUGGAGUCAAAGAUCUCAUAUCGUUUUGAAUGAAAGGGAGCAAACAGGAACGAUAGUUUACAGAUUGUGCAAAGGACAACACUCAACCCAAAGCUGUUAGUGUCUUAAAUGUUAAUGCUUUUUUUCCACCACUAAUAUUGGUAGAUAACUAGAAAAUACAAUGAAGACUGUUGUUGUGUACAAUAACCUGUGCAUUUCAUAAGGAAGUCCAGUAGUGAAGGUUUUUGGAGGUCAGAGCUAUUAUUUCGUAUGUACCUGGUUCAUCCUCAGUCUUGUUUGUAAAUUCACUACAAUAUUAAUUAUGAUCAGUGACGCUGUUAUGGACCAUAGACCUCCACUUAUAUGUUUAGUUCUAGCAGUCUCUGUGAUUUUGAUUUUAUGUCCAAUCGAUGCAGCUUUUAUUAAUGUGUAGAAUGUAACAUUUUCCUAUAU